GCAGUAUCUGCCUAUCAUGGCCACAUCCCGUAGCGGCCUCAUCAGACGCCCGAGGGCUUAAAGUGAGUGUCAUCGCCGCCGCCGCCGUCGCCACCAACGCCCUCUUCGUCUUCCGCGGUCGAGUCGGCGAAAUGGACGUCCAGAACCUGAGUUUGGAGGUCCUGACCACGCCCGUCCUGAACGGGACGGCGAUGGACGCGGCGGGGGGCGAGGAGGGAGGGAGAGGAGGCGCCACCCAGAGGAGCAUGGAAGAGGGCUACGACAUGUACGCGGUGGUGGCGCUGUCCUUCUUCCUGGUGCUGUCGAUGGUGCUGGCGCUCGGCGGGAACGUGAUGGUGAUCCUGACGAUCGUGCGGCACCGCGGCAUGCGCACGCGCACCAACCUCCUGCUGGCCAACCUGGCCGUCGCCGACAUCCUGGUGGCGGUGCUCGACAUGGCCAUCGCGCUCAUCACCAUCAUCCGCGGCAAGUGGAUCUUCUCGGACGCCUUCUGCCUCUUCAAUGGCUUCACCGUCGGCCUCGGACUCAUGCUGUCCGUGCACACGCUCAUGUGGAUCAGCAUCCACAAGUACAUCUCCAUCACCAAGCCCUUCUCGAGAUCAGUGACGCCCAGGAAAAUCAUCCUUAUGAUCGUAAUGGCUUGGGCGUGGACCAUUUUCUUCAACCUGUUGCCAACGCCCCUCAUCGGCCUCACGAAAACAGUCUUCAAGGACGGAGCUUCCCAGUGUGGUCCUCCGCCUCCAGAGAAGGGCAAGCAGUACAUCCAUGCCGGCCUCAACACCUCAAUCAACCUGGUGAUCCCCCUUGUGGUAAUGAGCUUUUGCUACUACAAGAUAUUUAAGGAAGUCAAGGAUCAUCUUAGCAGGAUGCAAGAAUUUACUGAUGUGAAUGUGCGUAACUCCCUCAUCCAGCAGAAACAGAUCACUGAGACACUGUGCAUUGUUUUGUCAGUGUUUGUACUGUUCUGGUCGCCAUACAUUGGGUACUCCCUCUCUUUAGUAUUUUUGGGAGAAGAGAAAGUACCAGCGAUACUCAAUCCAAUCGCUUACUUGUUUGGCUACAUGAACUCCGCCUGCAAUCCCAUCAUCUACGCUCUUCGCUCUCCUUCCUUUCGCCGAGGAUUCAGCGAGAUCAUUUGCUGGAAAUCUCGAUAUGUCCCCGCUAAUAGUCUAAGCAGCGGCUCCACCUUCCGGACUCGAUUGACACUGAGAAGUACUGUUAUGGUUCACGCUAGGGGUUCCAGAAGCACUCAUUCUCAGCAGGUCGAGGGAAUGAUGGUUUCCUUCCGGCGGUCCCUUUGGAACAGAGAAACAAAAAAUGAAAGGAACUUAGCCAGGAAAGGUGAACAAGGUUUUGGUAGGCAGACACGCAAUCACCAUCACAGUGCUAAAAAAGUUGAAGUGACUGUAAAGCCAAAACCAAUAAAUGAGACUAAUCCUCAUGCCCUGAUAGACCACAAGAAACAGGGUGAGGAGCUUGGGUAUGAAAAUGACGUCCACAGUUGUGAUGGGUCAAGUUCUGAUGUGAUUAAGUGUGAUAUGGAAGAAACAAACAGUUGCACCAUUGUGAAAGGAGAGGGUAAUUAUGAUGGAGAUAUUUAUAAGGCAUCGAGUUUGAAGGAAAUGAUUCAUGAAUCUGGCCUUGAAAGGGAAUCUGAGACUUUAGAUUUUGAAGUGAUAGACAAAGAAAAUACAGUCCCAAAUUUUCCAAAAGGCAUUUCUGAGGUGAGCAAAAGCUGUGAAGGAAUUGACUCACAUGAUGUUCAGUCAGCUGUGGUGAAUGAAAGGAAAAGGCAUGAGAGUUCAUCCCUCGCUGAUAGUAAUGUACAAAGGAGGAAAAUUAUGACUUCUUCACAAAACAAUGUCACCUCUUUGUUGCGGAAUAACCUUGACACUCACAUUGAUGGCAGGAGGAUCAGUAACAGUCACCGUGAGAUUAUUGUGACCACAGACAGCACUGUGACAAAUCAGAUACGGUCCAUCUCGGCUGGUGAUGUGAGACUUCCAUGCUCAUCCACAGGGCUGAAGAGGGAGAACAGACCACCACCUCUGAAGCUGCCAGUGGACAAAGUGAAAAGGACUCUCAUGUGGCAAGCUAGUGUUGAUGAUCUGUGUGGCUCACCGCUCUUGUCUCGGCGGAGAUUAUUCCACAUCAGGAGGGCCAUGGAUGCUCCCAUACCUUCCUGCCACACUAAUAGAACAAGGACAAGUAGUGAGACACGGAGCAAAAAGUGGAGUGUUAGUAGUGUGGGAAGCAACAGACUGGGAGUUGCAGCUUUCAUCUCCAAUGUUAAGAAGUCUUUAACUGAUCUUUUCAAUAUUGAUGGAGAGACUGAGGACCAUUGUGAAGGAAAUAUUGAAAGAGGAGACAAGAAAGGAGACAAGGAAGAAACAGUGGAUGAUAAUUAUUGUGAAGAAGAUUAGUUUGUGAAUGGUUCUCGUAUUGCCAUUGGCUAUGCUAAUAUAUUGCAUGGUAAUAGGAAAAAGGUGUCCUUUUUUUGCAGGAUUUCUUUUUCCUCUUUCACUUUCCUGUGUAAUGGAGUUUAUAUAUAUAUAUAUAUAU